CAGAUGCAGACAGUGCAGUGGGGACCACUGAGACCACUCGGACCAUCGCUGCAAUCCCUCGUCAGCUUCAGGCAGAUAGACGCCCGAUCUACAGGUCACUGAGUUUCCAGCUCUCAGUGCAAUGAUGUGCGAAGCCAUGGAACUGUCUACUCUAGGCCGUCCUUUCCGGCUAGGAAUGCUGUACGACUGCCGGUCAGACACCCUCAUCCCAGGCAUCACCUUGUGGGAUUCACAGAUGCUCCAGAACAACCUGAGUAGUCGGGAUCAGCCCAGCACUGAGUUUCACAUCAUCACGUCGGACUCCAUGGAGAAGAAAGCUGCCGCACUCAAUGUGUCGGAAUCACUGAAAGCAGGUCUGCUGAGUGGGGCAGUGGAGGUGAAAGGAUCAGCAAGAUAUCUCACUGACACAAAGGGAUCAAAACGACAGGCACGAGUUACCCUUCAGUACAAAACAACGACCAGAUUUGAAAAACUGACAAUGAGUCACUUGGGGAAGCUGAACAUCAGUGACCCGAGUGUGUUUGACGAGGGGUCGGCAACCCAUGUGGUUACAGCAGUGCUGUAUGGGGCCCAGGCUUUCUUUGUGUUUGAUCAAAUGGUCUCUCCAGCAGAGAAACUGCAGGAUGUCCAGCGUAAUAUGGGAGCAAUGAUUACAAAUCUCCCUGAGUUUGCAGUUCAGGGGGAAGACUCACUGAAAAUGACGGAAGAACAGAAGUCUAAUGCUGAGAAAUUUAGCUGCACCUUUUAUGGGGAUUUCUCACUGAAGAACAAUCCCACCACAUUCCAAGAUGCCAUCAGUACCUAUGCGACCCUCCCAAGCUUACUGGGAUCAGGUGGGGAGAACUCAGUGCCUGUGAGAGUCACACUUUAUCCUCUCAGUAAACUAAACUCAAAAGCUGCUCAGGUGGUGAGGGAGAUAAGUGUGGGUUUGAUCAGUCACUGCCAGCGUGUCCUGGAACAGCUCAGUGAGGCAGUGAUGAGAUGCAAUGAUAUGCUGAAAGACAGAGUCUCCAUUCAGUUUCCCGAGAUUGGAGAUGGGACAAAACAAUUCCGAGAGAUGUGCUUGGAAUACAAAUGGGUUUUCAAUGGGACCUUAGCAAGAGUUUUCCCAUCUAUCCGGAGAGGUAAAGAAAAGGAAGGUUUACUGGUGGAUAUACUGAAGAACAGGGAACUGUCACCACUCAGUCAGCAGUCACUGGCCACAUGGUUGGAUGACAAGGAACAGGAGAUGAAGGCCGUGGGACAUUACCUCAGGAUGUUUGAAGAUAUACCCUUGGUGAAAUCAAAGAGGGAGUUGGAUGAUGAACUGAUGGAUCCAACAAUAGACUAUGUGGUCUGCUUCACAUUUACAUCACUGCAUCAGGAUGAUCUCUAUCUGUCACAGGCAAAGAACUACGUCCAAUCUCUCACAGCUCAGAAAAUGCAGUCACCAACUCCUACUAUUGGAGCCUGUGCGACACGACACAGUGACAAUUUUUUUUGCCAUCCGUCCGUGUCCCGUAAAAUAAAGAAAAAAUCUCAAUUAUUCCUGGAUUUUGCCACAGUCAACAAAUUAGAUGGGAAAGUAAAAUUUCUUGUUGCAUCUGUGAAGGAUGACAGCCAAACAGGAGCAUCUAUUUACCUGUAUCAGGGAGGGUCUUUGGAGAACCCAUGCUUUGAACCCCCAUCGCAGCCAAAGAGACCAAUAGUUAGUCAAACAUCACAUGACAGUGUGACACUGCAGUUACAUCCACCCAGAUAUGGUGCUGGUGAGAUUGUGGGUUACAAGGUAGAGUACCAAGGCCCCCAGCAGGAGGGAUGGACAUCUGUAGUUACACCUGAUAAAUCCCAGUCCUUCACAAUAUCUGGGUUGCAGCCACACAAGGAGUAUCAUUUCCAAUACAGAGCUGUGUCUAAGGUAGGUGUCAGCAAGGCCAGUGACAGCUGUCGGUACAUCACUCGUCCUACAAGUUCACCUGGUCAACUGGCCUUCCAAUAUUGUUCACCAAUUGCCACUCUGAAUUGGGACAUUCCAAAACAGCUUGGAGAUGGUGUUAAAAUAGUUCAGAACAAAAUUGAAUGUAAAGAAGAGACAGCAGUUGGGUCCAAAAUGGAGUGUGGAUUAUGGAAGAAAGUGAAGACAAAUAAUAGACGAUGUCGCUAUCAGCUAAAGGAAUUGAAACCAAAGAAAAAAUACAGAGGCCGAGUGUCUGCUGACUGUGGGGAAGCAGGUUGCAGUGCAGCAAGUGAUGAGGUUUUAAUAGAAACAGUAAAUGCACCAAACAGAAUAGCUCAGAAACUUCUGAGAGAAUCUCCAUUGAUAUCCAAAGGAAACCCUUCCAUUUACAAGCUGAACGCAAAGGAGGAGGUAUUUGAUCAUAUGAAACACCUUGUGAAAUGCUCCUUUGGAAAACCCAAUACAAAACACAAAAUGAAGACCAUUAUGGUUCUGGGAGCAACAGGGUCAGGAAAGACGACCCUCAUCAAUGGGAUGAUCAACUACAUCUUGGGCGUGAAAUGGGAAGACGACUUCAGAUACGAGUUAAUAGAUGAAGAAACAGGAAAAUCCCAGGCUGAAAGUCAGACAUCCUCCAUCACUGCCUAUGAACUCCACCAUCAGGAAGGAUUUAAAAUUGAUUACUCUCUGACUGUCAUCGAUAUACCAGGAUUUGGGGACACCAGGGGAAUAAGCCGAGAUCACUUGAUCACUGAGCAUAUCCGAGAGCUUUUCACCGCCCAACGGGGUAUUGAUCAAAUUGAUGCUGUGUGUUUUGUUGUUCAAGCCUCUUUGGCUCACCUGGCUCACACAGAGAAAUAUAUUUUUGAUUCAAUUCUUUCUGUUUUUGGUAAAGAUAUUGCAGAGAACAUUCAGAUAUUGGUGACAUUUGCAGAUGGACAGCGUCCCCCUGUUCUGGAGGCUUUGAAGGUAGCUGAGGUACCAUGUCUCAAAGAUAAAAAUGGUAUGCCAGUUCACUUCAAGUUUAACAAUUCAGUUGUAUUUUCCCAGCGUCUGGAACCUGUGAAUGCUGCCGAUAAGGGUACUUCUGAUGACAGUGGGGAAGAUGAUGUUGAUAAUUUUGAUGCAAUGUUCUGGAAGAUGGGAGAAAACAGUAUGAAGAAAUUCUUUAGAGCUCUCAGCAAGAUGGAAGCAAAAUGUUUAUCUUUGACCAGAGAGGUGUUGAGGGAACGUGAGCAGCUGGAGACUACAGUGGAGGGGUUGCAGGUUCAGAUCCAAGCUGGCCUGAGCAAACAGGAGGAACUCAGAAAAACACAACAAUUUCUGAACCAACACCAGACCGAGCUGGAUGCAAAUAAAAACUUUGAGUAUGAGAUUUUAAUUACUGUUCCAGUAUAGGAAGAUAUCAGUGAGACUGGCAAUUACAUAACCAACUGUCAGAAAUGUCGCUUCACCUGUCACUAUCCCUGUAAAUUAGCAAAUGAUGCAGAAAAAUCACAAUGUGCAGCAAUGGACAGAAAUGGGAAAUGCACUGUCUGUCCUCAAAAUUGUGUCUGAAAGGUUCACUUCAACCAGAAAUGCAAGUUUGACUACAUAACCAAAAAGGAGAAGAGAAUGUAUGAUGAGCUGAAAAAAAAAUUAUGAGAUGGCCUCUGGUGAGAAGAUGACUCAGCAGAAAAUCAUGGCGAGUCUUCAGCAAGAGUUUGAUGUGGUUCAGGAUACAGUGCUGGUGUUUAUUGAACAAUUAUCCCAGAGUAUUAGAAGACUUGAAGAGAUAGCUCUGAGACCAAAUCCAUUAUCCACUCCAGCUUAUAUUGAGCUCCUGAUUCAGUCUGAGAAAGAAAAGGCCAAGCCUGGGUUUCUGGACAGAAUUCAGGCACGGAGGGAGGUCAAGGAGCGGGCAGAGUUAAUAGAGAAAGUUACCAAUGUGAAUAUUUCAUCAGAGGAACAGAAGCAAAAUCCAACAGAGUCAAAAGCAGGCAUGGUGAAGAAGAUGAAAAAGGGCAUGGCUUACAUUUUCAUUUGUUCUUGGCCAAUAAGUAACUGGAAGAUAUUGCAACCAUUUCCACAAUGGGCAGUAGAUGUUUCACCCAGCUGAGAAACAAUCUGCUGAUUCUAAUUCAGCCUCCAUCUUCUCCACCACCUGCCCACAGUGUUUAAGACCACAUCAUUCUUCCUCAAUGCUGCUCUCCCUCAGAUAUGAUGGGAGCUGUGGACAAAGAAUCCAUCCACAUUCCUUCCUGUUUCCCACCUGUGACCCAGCCCUUGGUAACAACAUCAGAAUCAGUGUCCACUACCCCUGUACAGAGUCUACUCACAGCUCCACCUCCUCAACUCCUCCCUCAGUCACUUUUCUUUCCAUGUUGUUAGACAGCAAAUUCCCAGAUCUUGAGUCAAAUGAUGGUAAACUUUCUCUCAGUUCUAUGCUUCUCCCCGACUACUUUCAGAGUCGAUCCCAUGGGAUCGAUGAAGCAUUGAUGUGUUCCAUAAAAUUUAGCUCAGAAAAAUACGAAGUGGGAGAAAUAAGAUGAGACUUAAAUUGACAAAUGAUAUAGGAAGUCAUUAAACCCACAGAACCAAUGCUAGAUUACAAAGCAGAACCAAUUGUCCAAUUCUCCCACUUUCCCCAUAAUUUACUCACUAUCAGUUGCCAACCACUUGCCCGUAAAUUAAAAAAAAAUAAUAUAUGAUAGAAAUGUGUAAUAAAAAGAACAAGAAAUGCUGGAACUGCUCAGCAGGUCAAGCAGUGUCUGCUGAGGAUGAAACAGUUAAUGUUUCAUAUCCACAACCUACAACAGACUUUCAGAUACUCUUGUGUGGAAUGUCUGAACAUUAGAGCAAAUGCAGCUUGUGCAAUCAAAAUAUUAAAUGUUUCUCUCUCCAGCUUAUUUGGGUGGAUUUUUUUUUAGUUAUUAUGCUUGGACAGAAAGAACAAGAUUAUUCUGUUCCUUAAAAUUGCCUGGGGUCUUACAUUCAUUGUGUAUACCAUCUCCUUGCUCAUCCUCCCAACAUACAUCAUCACUCUUUCUACCUGCCAUCCACCUUGCCAUUUCACCAACUUUAUAUUACUAAAAGCUAGCCUGCUCACUACCUACUGGUCACAGGCUUCCACUCACAAACACAAUCCUCCAACAUCACUAGCUGCCUUUCAUUGCCAAGGCAAUUUUAGACCAUAAGACACAGAAGCAGAAUUACGCCAUUCAGGCCAUCGGCUCUGUUCUUCCAUUCCAUCAUGGCUUAUCUAUUGCCAUCUCAAUCCCUUCUCCUGCCCUCUCCCUAUAACCCACAAUGCCCUGGCUAAUCAAGAACCUAUUAACCUCUUCUUUAAAUAUACUCAAUGACUAGACCUCCACAGCCAUCCAUGACAAUGAAUUGCACAGAUUAACCACCUAAUAGCUGAAGAAAUUUCUUCUCAUCUUCGUUCCAAGGUUGUGCCCUCUAGUCCUAGACUUCCCCACUAUAGGAAACAUCCUCUUCACAAACAUUCUAUCUGGACCUUUCAAUAUUUGAUAGGUUUCAAUGAGGUGUACAGCGCCAGAGCCAUCAAAUGUUCUUUGUACAUUAACCCUUUUAUUCCCAGAAUCAUUCUUGUGACUCUCCUCUGGACCCUCUUUACUACCAACUCACUUCCCUUCACUGCAUUUCCACAUGACACUUAUUUGCCCAGUCUCUCAAUCUGCCCAAAUCCUUCCGCAGACUCCCUCAGAGUCUGACUAAACACUGCAUUGACAUGUAUACCAAAUGCCCCAUCAUCAGCCCUAUGACACAAUUCUCAUUCCCUUGCCAGUUUAGUUCCUACCCUCCCCAACAGCUCUAGAAAACUUGCCCAUGAGGAUACUGGUCCUCCUUGGGUUUUUGUAUAACCCAUCAUUUUUGUACAGGUUUUUUCAUUCCUUCCCCAGAAGAGAUCCUAGGAAUCUGAAACCCUGCCCACUGCACCUCUUUCUCAGCCACUCAUUUGUUUGUGCCAUCAUCCUAUUGCUGCCCUGACGAGCAUGUGGCACUGGCAGCAAGACAGAGAUUACUACCUUGGAAAUCCUGUUCUUCAGCUUUUUCCCUGACUCCCUGUAUUCACUGUGCAGGAUCUCUUCCCGCACCUCCCACCCUUUCCACCUGUCAUUGGUUCCACUGUGCACCUCGACCUCUGGGAUUUCUCCCUUCCUUGAUAUUCUUUUGCAGCCGCUCUGAGACGUACAUCUAUGCAAAUGGGUCUGGAUUCACUGAGCUCUAACCCUUUGGAUUUGUUGUCUAUGACAAUGUCAGGCAUGGGAAAACAACAAGCAGACUGUCCUUUUCAAUAUAUUUUGUUACAUCAUCAAAAUGUCACUCAAUUGGUCAAAUGUUUUUUGUUAAUUCGAUUUUUGAUAAUCUUUGAGUAAUCACUAACUGAGCAAACAUGUAUGAUUCAUGUCAUUCAGAUUUUGUUUCUGCACAACCUCACAUCCUUGUACUUCCCCGCUUGAUCUGGUCUGCCAUUCUGGAAUAUAAAUAUCACAUUACUGCUUUCUCUUCAUUUGUGGAUAGCUUAACAAUAAAAGUUUCUGCUGGGUCCAGAGCAGUCUCUCACAUACCCCACAUAACAGACUGGGAUACACCUUAGUCCUCAAACUUCAUAUGAUACCAAGUAUGCCUUUUUCAAUGAUAACAUGCUCCAUGAAGAGGGUUUUCCCAAUGGAAUCAACUUGUUUCCUGGUUACCCUUACUAUGCUCAUUAAAUGCUUUGGGCUGUCCAUUAGCUUUCCUUUCUAUUUCAUUUUCAUGUUCCCCUCUAUACCAAUGAUACAUCUGUUCAAAUUAACGUUUAUUAUAGGAGUAUGUACAUAAAAAACCCUGAGAUUCUUGUUCCUGAAGGCAUAAUCAGCAAAUCUAUAGAAUAGUAACUGUAAACAGGAUCAAUGAAAGAGCAAGAGCACAGGAGGCAACAAACUGUUGAAAUGCAACUGUAAAUAAAAUAGCAAUAAUUAACAAGAAUAUGGAAUAACAAGAUAACAUGAUAGAUACUGCUUUCCUAUAACAGCAUUUCAUGUAGAUGUGCUCAAUGGCUCAGGGAGUUUUACCCAUUAUGCACUGUGCCAAAUCUACCAGCUUUUGUAGGAUUUUCUGUUCAGAGGCUUUGGUUUUCCCAUACCAGACUGUAAUGCAGCCAGUCAAUACACUUCCACCACACACCUCUCAAAAUCUGUCAAAGUUUCUGAUGUCAUGCUGAAUCUCUGCAGCCUUCUAGGGAAGUUGAGGCACUGUCGUGCUUUCUUUGCAAUUAUAUGAUGCGCCCAGGACAAGUCCACUCAGAUAGUGACUCGCAGGCAUUUAAAGUUACCGACCCUCUCCAUAUUUUAAGGGUAUCUUCAUUUUUAAUAUGUCUUCCUGCCAAAUCCUUCCUUUUUAUCCAACCCUCCAGAUCACUUGUCAUCUAAAUUCUUUUGGAUUUGUUGUUCUUACUGUUCACUCAUGUGGAACACAUUGUGCAUCAACUCCAACUCUUCAAGUUUUAUGUGAUUAUUGCUUAUCAGAUUUUAGAGUGGACAUCUAUGACAAGCUCAUCACAACAACAUGAAUACAGUGAUACAUCAGCUGAACCAACCAUUAAUUCAUUUUGAAGUAUUCUCUAAUUUUCCAAUGAACAUACUUCUGAUUAAAUAACCUUGGUGCUAUUGCAUUUAAAGCAUUCAAGCCUGAUAAAUCUUACAUUGCCAUAAAAAUAUUGCUUACUCCAAUAGCAGUAGAUAACCAAAUAAAAAAUUAUAGAUGUAGUAAGAUUGAUUACUGGACCGUCUGUGCAAGCUCACACCUAUUUGCUGGGAGAGAACAUCUUGUUCCAGGAGAAAUAUGUUGGAUCACCAGAGACUAAAAUUCAAGGAAAAUGAACAUACCUGGCAAAUACUGAUCAGGGUAUGCAGUGAGUGUGUCCAAAUGGAAGUGGUGAUGAGAUGAGGGAGAAGGAGCAGAGAGCAGUGUAACAGGAAAGGUGAGAAAGAGAAUGUGGAGAAACAGAGGAAGUGAAGGAGAGGAACAGUGGGGACAGAGAGUGCAAGAGAUGGGGUGUGGAGUGGAAGAGAAGUAACAGGGAGAGGAACGAAGUAAUGGGAAAUGUGGGAGAAUAGCUCACAUUGGAGAAUUGCGGAGAGGAAGUGAAGCCGUGGAAAAAUAGGAAACAUAACGAAAAUGUCAGGCAACUACUUCCAUAUCCCUUCUGGAACAAGGUGAAAUUUUCCCCUGCAGUGUGAGCUUUAGCUUGUUUUUGUUGAAUCAAGUAAUAAAAUGUUUACGAAUGUCA